AUAUGGCGAUGUAUAUCUAACCCCGGAGGUUGUGUGUGUGUAUGUGUGUCAUUUCACCAUUUUAUUUAAUAACACAAAGUAAGUUCUCAUCACGGUUAACCCAUUCGCUCCGAUCGGGAAUCCCGAAGGUGACGAUAUGUUUUCCAAUGAAGAUGAGGACGGAGACUUUCUUUCUCCUACAGGAGGGGCAAAGUUAGCCUCUCUCUUCGGUCUGGAUCAGGCGGUCAGCCAGGGGAAUGAAUCUUUUCAGUACACAGCGCCGAAACAGCCCAGGAAAUCCUCUAUGAAUUCGGGCGCCCCCACCCAGAAACCAGCCCCGCCGCCCGGCUCUCCUGCGGUCCUCUUUGCCACAGCGGUUCACGCUUACAGAUAUGUCAGCGGUCAGUAUGUUAAACAAGGGAAGCUGGGGGCUGCAGUGCUUGGUAACCAGGCAACCAAGGAGUACAAACUCCUUCUGUAUGCCAGUCAGCAGAAACCGAUCACCCAGGCUCGGAUUCAAACUGCCUUCAUGUUCACUGUCCAGCCGAGUAAUUACUGCACAUUUUAUGACGACCAGCGACAGAACUGGUCGGUAAUGUUCGAGUCAGAGAAGGCAGCGGUGGAUUUCUGUAAGGAGGUGUGUAUAGCCAAGGUGAACUGCUCUUCCUCUUUGGAUUCAGUGGUGACGCAGGACCUGCUGCUGGGGGAGGGGCAAGGGGCGGAGCCUGGAGACUCUCUGGAGGUGGCCUACACCGGCUGGCUGCUACAGAACAAUGCUAUCGGACAGGUGUUUGACUCAAAUCUGAACAAGGACAAGUUAUUGAGACUAAAGCUUGGAGCUGGUAAAGUCAUCAAGGGAUGGGAAGAAGGGAUGUUAGGCAUGCGUAAAGGAGGCAAGCGACUUAUGGUUAUUCCGCCGAGUCUGGCUUACGGAUCUCAGGGCGUCCUGAACCGCGUUCCAGCAGACAGCACUCUGGUCUUUGAAGCAGAGGUCCGCAGGGUGAAGUUCGCUAAGGACGGCGGCGGUUCUGAACGGGUCAGCGUGGGAUCCAGAGACUCUGCUGGUCCGUCUCCGGUGCCCAGCGUGGACAGUCUGGGUCCUGAGCCCAGUUCUCAACCUCCCAACCCCGCACCAGUGCCAAGCAAACCAGGGGAUCCGUCUCUGAGAGCAAAGUCAAAUUCCCUCAGUGAGCAGCUAUCUAAUCCUGAUGCCACUAAAGCCAAACUCAUUUCCCGCAUGGCUAAAAUGGGUCAGCCCAUGUUACCCUUCCUCGCCGGCCCAGCGUCCUCAUCCUCACAGGCGGAGUCCAGCGACUCAGAACUAGAGGACCCCAGCGUGUCCAGACUGAAGGAGCGACUUCCUGCUCCGUCUCCUCAGCCUGUUCCCAUCACCACUACUCCCCCAGUCUCAGUGCAGGUGACCCCAGGAGCUGCCCUGAUGCCCGUCUCCAUGGCAACCGCCGCCCCACAGCCCAUGCUGCCCGGAGCGGUACACGCCUUCCAGCCGUACACUCACACAACAUCAUCUCUGGCUCGCUCUCCUUUUCAGCCCGUGGGCCAGAUGUAUCCCACACAGACUGUGCCUUACCAAGGAACGGGUGACGUCACGUCCUUUUUGAUGACGGAGGCCCGGCAGCACAACACUGAGAUCCGACUGGCUGUCGGAAAAGUGGCUGACAAAGUCGACCAGUUGGCUUCUAAGCUGGAUGACCUGCACAAACAGGGCGGCGUCUCUAUGGGCCUGUCCAACGUCUCCAUGGAAACGGCUAUGAUUAUGCACAACAUCCAGAGAAUCAUACAGGAGAAUGAGUGCUUGAAGAAGGAGGUGUUUGAGAAGAGCUCUCGCAUCGAGGAGCAAAACCGCAAAAUAGGAGAACUCAUCAACCAGAACCAGAGGUACAUGGAGCAGAGUAAUUUGUUGAUGGAGCAGAGAAAUGACUCAAUGAAGAGCUCAAGUGAACAGAACCAGGCCAGAGUACUGCACUUAGAACAGGACAAGGUGCGGUUGACUGAGGAGUUAGCGUCUGCGACGGCGCGUGUGUCAGAGUUGCAGUUGGAGUUGAGUUCCCAGCAGCAGAAAAGUGCAGCGUUACAGUCCAGACUGAACACAGCCCUGCAGGACAGUGAACAGCACAGCACACAGAUGGGCUCUCUGCAGACACAGCUAGAGGAGCUGAAAGAGACGGCAGACCGCGUCCAGGCCCAGUACAGGACAGAGAAACAGAAACGGAAAGAACUGGAACUGAAGCUGAGUAACACGGAGGAGGAGGUGCAGGAUCUGAAGACGGAGAAGGAUAAUGUGGAACGAACGCUGGCAGACAGGAAGCGGAAAUGGCAGGCAGAACGUCAGCGUUGGGAUGAGGAGUUGGAGGAGGUGCGUAAGGCGGGCCUACAGGAGAUGGACAACCUGAGGAGCCAGUUACGUAAAGCCAGAACCAGCACUGACAACGCAGCUGCAGAACAGCUGGCCCAGCUGCAGGCAGACCUGGAGAAGGAGUGGCAGGUAAAGUGUGACCAGGCCUUGGCCACAGUGAGGGAACAGCAGAGCAGAGAGAUGACGGAGCUGACUGAACAGAGAGACGCUCUCCAGCUUAAAGUCACACAGCUACAGGAUAAGCUUGCAGCUUUGAAACAGAGCCGUGACUCGGAGGAGCAGAAGCUCCUGCAGCAGCAGGACCAGGCAGAGGAGCUGCAGUCACUCCAGGACAAGUAUUCAGCUCUGGAGCAGAGGAUGGCCUCGCUGAGAGAGCAGAGUGAUGCUCGUGUGGCAGAGAUGGAGAGGAGACUCGUCGAGCAGCAGGAACAGACAGACUCCACAGCAGAGGUGAAGCGCGUGAUGAACGGAGUGUUUCACUCUCUGAGGGGGGAGUUUGAUCUUAACGAGUCUUACACAGGCAGUGCAGUCAUUGGCAUGCUGGUCAACACCAUCAAGAACGUCACCUUGCAGCUUCUGACUAAAUCAGAAAGGCCUUCAUCUGAACGCAGCGACAGAGAUGAAGAGGAGGAGGAGGAGGCGGCAGCAGAAGAUGAGGAAGAGGAAGAUGAGGAGAAAGAAGCCCAGGUUAAGCAGGAGAAAAGUCCUCAGCAAGUGCUCGUGAACGGAAAGCGGGAAAAAGAGGAGGAGGAGGAAGAGGAGGAGGAGGAGGAAGAGAGACGUGAGGCGGAGACGGAUGAUAAAGGACAAACGGAGGUUGGGAACGUGGUGAAAGAGAUCCCCGAGACGGAGGAGAAAGGAGGAGACGCAAAGGAGGAGCAGGAGGACGUGGAAAAGUCCAAACAGGGAGUUGUCACAGAGGAGGAGGAAGAGGAAGUGAAGCAGGAAACGCAUCAUCACGAUCCCGUGCCCGAAACAAGUACAGCUCGCUCUGACAGCGACGAUUCGGCAGGGACCGAGAAAGUCACAGAAGCGCCUCCGAAAGAUCACAGAGAACCACAGACGCCGGAGCACGACGAGGUCCCCAGACAGGAGGAAACGGCAGAGCAGACGGGCAGCGGCGGCGUUCCCGAGCCCAAAGCGAAGACGGUGAGUGAGAACGUGAGUGAGAGCGUGGUCGGGCCGUUAGGUGAACCCCAGAUGUUCGGACCCCCCAAGAACCCCCCACCUCCACCUAACCCUCUCCAAGACGACCAUACUAAUACAGCUACACAGCCCAGCAGUCUGACUGAGAGGGUAGAGAAGGAAAAUGGAGAACCAUUUUUCCAGAAUGUUCCACCAAGCAAAGCCCCACCCAGCCCCACUGAGGAAGAGGAGGAAGAGCUGAGCUUAAAGGGCCGCCCGCCGCCCGCCCCUCUGUUCGGUGAUGACGACGAUGAUGACGACCUGGAUUGGAUGGGCUGACCUUCGUUGCUCUAAUGGGUCAAAACACCAGUGCCUGACGGGGUCAGAUGGACGGUUGCCGGGUGGGGGGGGGCUCCAGGAUGACCUUUGACCUCUGACCUUAGUAGCUGACACGCUUGCUGACUGGAGAAGGAAAGAUUUUGAUCGCUUCGAUCCCUGAGGUCAAACAGCUCGAGUGACGUCGUCCAACUCAGCAACAUCUGGACAGUGUUUUUGAUUUCACAUAUUGUGAUGAAGCCAACCUGUAGAGGAGACCUCGAAACGGCCGUUUUUGACCUCUGAACUCGUGGACACGUGGAGAAGUUUCUUGGAGUUCAGCAGAUUACUGCUGCUUUGAUAGUAACAAUUUUGGGGAGGAGGGGCAAUAACAGACCACAUACUGCAUACAAAAAAAAAAAAAAAAAAUCUCUUCAAAUUGAUCUCUCUAAAUAAACUUUUAAUUCAAGGGCAAAAUGCCACAGUGAUUUGUGACGGUUACUUUUUUUGUUGUUUUUUUUAAAAUCUGUUUUAAUGAUAACUCUAAGGUCCUCCAGUUGCCUUUAAA